AUGGCCAAGAAGAGGCAACGACCUGCCAGUUCCUCUGGUACUAGCAAGGAAGCUGAUAAUGAUGUUGGAGGUGACCAGUAUGAAUUUGCUUGGCGCAAGGUCGAAGUCGGAAUCAGAGCUCCUUCAAGAGCUUCCGCUACCAAGUUUUCUUCCAACGAUGACAAUGAUGACAAUUUUGAUAGUGGGAACAAUCACUAUGACGAGCCGACAUCCAGUAUAUAUCGCUCAGCAGGAAGGGAUUUGGAAGCUAAUCCAGCCGAAGGUUUUGGAAUGUUCUUGGGCCUGGAAGUAUUGGAUGGGAGUCGGUACAGUGUGGUAGAAGAAGGGGGAUACAAACGGCUUGUACCCAAACUGGCUGACGACGACAAGAAAAAGAAAAGCAAAGAGCCAAAAAGCAAGAAAAAGCAAAUGGAAAAGUCAUCCGAUGAAAAGAAAGAAUCAGAAGUGAAAGAAUCAGAGCAGGCGACCUCUGAACCUGCUGAUGAGGCCGAAGCAUCCAGACCGAAGAAGAAGAAACGCAAAAACAAAAAGAAAAAAGCCAAAAAGAAAAAGGACGAGAAAGCAAGGAAGACUGCCACUGAGUCUGAAGGAGAGGCCAGCAAAGAAGACGAAGCGACAACGAAACCUUCGCAAGAUCAAGAAGUUUCUGAGUCCAAAUCUGAAGGCGAACCAGAAUUGAAGUCAGAUGAGCCACAAUCUAGCGAUAAGAAUGACACUGUCAAUACUGAUGACAUGCAAGAUCCUGAAUCAAAUCCACAACUUGAGCUGUUUCAGAACUCGUGGAUGACAGCAACCGGUGGUGUCGCUCUACACAACGAGCUCUGCCUGUCGCUCCUCAAGCAAGACUGGUGGAGCCCCACUCCCAUUCAAGCAGCAGCGUUGCCGGCUGCCAUUCUAGGCCGACGAAACAUUGUUGGUGCUGCACCAACUGGUUCUGGAAAAACAAUGGCCUACUUGCUCCCCAUAUUUGAACACCUCUUGCAACAGGAAGAGCCCAGUUAUCAGGAUCGAAAGGUCCAGGCUCUCAUUCUAGCUCCCACGCGGGAGUUGGCACUGCAAGUGCAGGGUGAAUGCGACAAGCUUGUCAAGGGAAAGUGUGCCAUGCUUGUAGGAGGUUUGGCCAACCAGAAGCAAGAGAGAAUCUUGAGAACCAAAAGGCCGCCAAUCAUCAUUGCUACGCCUGGAAGAUUAUGGGAGAUGAUAUCCAGCCGAGAAGCAAAAGUAGUGAUGCUAAGCGAUGAUGUGCUGGCCAUGAUGCAAAAACAGAAAGACGGCGAGGUUCCCGAACCUCUCGACGAGGACGAGGAUGACGAAGAAGAUGAUGCUGAUGUUGACGCCAACGAUGCAGAAGACGAACUAUUCGAAGAGGAGGUUCCGAACACUGCGCGACGACCAGUGUACCGUCAGACCUUUGUGUAUUCGGCUACCUUGACGCUGCCUCCCUCGGCAACAUACAUUCCAUCAAAGAAUAAAAAGAAGAGGAUGUUCAACCUCAAAGGUGUGCAGGGGGCGAUCGAAGAGAUUCUGGACAAAGCACGCGCCAGGGGACAAACCAAAGUGAUCGAUCUCUCCAACUCAAAGAAGCAAGCAAAGUUCAACGAGAAGAUCCUGCAGGCGAAAGAAACGUCCAAGAAGGAGACAAAACACAACAAACGAGAGGAGCAGAUCGCACCAAAACGAACAUUCAAUCUACCUCCUGGUCUGAAGCUAUUGGAGUUGAAAUGUACCCAGAUGCACAAAGAUUCACAUUUGUAUGCAUACCUCGUAACAACGCGUGAAGGUGCUGCUGGGCCUUGUCUUGUGUUUUGCAACUCGAUCAAGGGAGUUCGUCGUGUCGGCACGACGCUCAAGUUGUUGGGUCUCCCGGUUCGGGUAUUGCAUGCCAACAUGCAGCAGCGUGCUAGAUUCAAGGCUGUUGAGUCACUGCAGAAAGGAGAACGAGCAGUUGUUGUGGCCACGGAUAUCGCAGCGAGAGGUCUGGACAUACCGAACGUUACAUCGAUUGUUCAUUAUGAUGUCGCGAGGAAAGUCGACGGCUUUGUUCAUCGUGCUGGUAGAACAGCGCGCGGAAUGGGCGAGAACGCCGUGGGAUCCAGUUUGUCCUUGAUUGCACCCGCUGACGAAAAAGCUCAUCGCAAAAUUGUUGGUGAGCUGAACGCCACCAUCCACAGGGUCCCACUAGAUUCCCGACUUUUGACUGCUGCUCAGGCGCGGACCAAUCUUGCUUCCAAAAUUGUUGCCGCUGAGAGCAUUGAAGGCAAGGCACAGCAGACCAAUGAUUGGUUCAUGAAGAACGCGGAAGAGGCUGGCUUGGAGGUCGACGCGGACGUACUGGAAGGUGGUCUAUUAGGAGGAAAUUUGAAGGAACAACAACAAUUUCUGGAGGCAGGUCGGGCCAAGACAGAACUUCGACGUUUACUCGCGGAACCAAUGGUUACUCAGCGCUUUGGAAAGUUCAUGUCCGUCAACAGCGCUGCCAAAACGCAACAAGUGACACCUUUUGUGGUGAAACCAACGACGACACAAGGAACACGAUCUAAGAAGAGGCGAAGAAAGGGGAACAAAUAG